UCAAUUUUUGUGUGACUUUUAUUUACUGCUUUUUUAAAUAUAUGAUUCAUCAGAGAGAUAUAUGAAUUAACUACAAGUUAGAGAGCAGGAAUCAAACAUAUGGCUGUUUUGUACAAUACUACAAACAGGCGACAUGAACAUCAUGCAUUUGCAAAUUAAAAAUAAAUAAUUUCAUGUUAUCUUUUCCAUUUAAAAGAGAUUUUAGUGUUUUCAUGAAAAAGUUAAUGUCAGUUUUACAGAUUGCUGCAGUGUACAAAAGCAUGCCUGGAGGUUUCUCUCAGUCACAAGAUGGCAGCAGAGGAUCAAACAUGCAUUACAGUGUAGAAGUUUGAUGCAACUGUAAAUAUUGUAGAGGUGGUUAACCAUCUAUCUUUUCAUAUUUCUGUAUCAGCUUUUCUUCUCAUGGGAAUUUCUACAGCGUCAGCACACAUGUAAGAACUUACAGUAGCAGCAGGAUCCACGUUUGCACCAAUGCUGACGCCUUUCUUUCCUCUUCUUCUCGUCAUUCCAGCAGGGCCUUUUAUUGCGAAGAAUUUCUGCGGCAGUAUACUUGCUGAUUGCUUCGUUCUCACUCCUCACAACAACCAGCUAAGACACUGCCAGAGAAACACCCACAGGAGCCAUGUCCAACCAAGCAGCCAUCCAUGCCCACCACCUGCCUCCCCCUCAGCAGGAUCCUGACCGCUCUCUGCCACGGACUUCCACCUGUGAGUCUGGCACACUGUGGACACUCACACUUUUUAUACCCGGCUUCAUAGUGAAAUGGCCUCACACUAAAAAGCCCCCAGGGUUGGUGUGCUCGUAUGCCAACGGCCAGAAGCUCUACAAGAGAAGUAGAAACAGAUAAAGUUAGAACAGCUGAAAGGAAUAAACCUCAUAGUCCUGAUACAUGUAAGGAUAAAACUCUGCUUCUUCAAAAAUCUUAUAUCUGGACUGAAAGGGGCACUCUUCUCUGUCCAGCUUAGUUUUAAAUAACUGCAAUGCAAAAAUGAAUUUAUGCUCCACUGCAUAAAGUGACCCAAAGCUUGUUCCAAAGCAGAUCCCUGAUACACUUCUAGCCUCUUGUGCAGCAUCACUUUAAGUGCACACAACUUGGGCAAACACAAACAGCCCCCCCAAACUAAGAAUAGGCUUACCAUGACUCAUGAUGUUGCAACAAAAAGCUCAGUUUGAUUCAGCCCUUAUCUACAAGCCUGUGUCUUUGGGUUUGUGUGAGUGUGUGUGUCUGUCUACAGCUAUCUGUUCACAUGAGUAGCACAUAAUGCGAGCGUCUGCGUGGUUGUGUACCUAAAGGGCAACAACUAAAUUCCCCUUGCUAUCAGUUGCGUUUGCUUGCUGCAGUGCUAUUUUUGGGCCAGCUGACCAUUCCAUACUGUCCUCCCCCUGUGGACUCUACUUUGCUGACAGGACAACAUGGAUACUAGAGAACAAUCUGCAAAUGAACACAGGGAAUAAUGAAGGAGACAGAGAGGUGUCAAUACACAAGAGACUUUCGGACAUCAGACAAUUUGAAAAAAUGUCCUUUACUUGGCAUUUCUUCACAGUUGAAUCAGCAAAAAAAAGCCUAUUUGUAGCCCUCCAUGAUGUCUGCUUUUGGUGUUUUUGUGACGCAUUUUUGGUUGCAUAACAGGAAAUUCCUCGCUAAAUUUGUGGUUUGAGAGUUUUCGAUGUUAUCUCCUAUCAAAGAAGGAAUUUAGGUUUUUGUAAGAAAAAUGCUAUGGGUGCCCUGAUGUGAGCUUUGACACAAUAGGCUUCGAUACAAACAAGUUUUUAUUUAGCUGCCUCCAGACCGUUUCACACAUACAGACACAAGCAGUGUCCACGGACAAACACACAAACUCUUCUUGACCUGCUUUCAGGUGCCAAGUUGCUGCAAUAGUGUCUCUUUGUGGCGAGGCCAGACUCUGCCUUCACUGAGCACAUGAUGACAGGAAUUCCUUCUUGCUCAGAGCUUGACGUAAUCCCUAAUGCAGGAUUGAGGAAUGCCAGGGAAAAAACACCCAGCUUGCUAAAUGAAUUAGCGGCCGCCUCCCUGCAUCACACAGCAAACAGCAGCAGCGGUGAGUCUGGACUCACAAAGCCUGUCAACAAAUACGGGUCAGGCCUCUGGCUGGCUACGGCUUCUCUGUCAAAAUUAUGUCUUAUAUUUUUUUGUUUUACUGGCCCAACAUGAAAAAAGGUCGUGAGACAAUAAAUAUUGCAUGAGUUGUUGGAAAAUGGCUUUUCAGGUGUAUCAAUUUGAGACAAAAAAAAAAAAAAAAAACAGACACGGAUUCAUCCUCAUCUUUAAAAAUAGCUUUCAACUGUUACAUUCAAAAUAAGGUAAUCACAUAAUCUGAAGCGUGAUUCCUACCCUAAUAUGAUUGCAGGAGACAUCCUGAGGACACAGCCUGAUUAGGGCCUCAACGAAUGAUUCCUUUUAUUAUCAAUUAAACUGAAAAUUGCCUGAUAAUAGAUAAAUAAGUAACAUAUUUUCACAAAUCCUUAGUGGCCCCUCAGAUGUCUGGUUUUGUUCUGUCAAUUAUCCAAAAAUCCAGAUAUACUGUUUUUUAGUUUAGAGGGUGAUACAGAUGAAAUCCUGGAGCUGAAAUCAGGACCAGAGAUAAAUGUGUAUCUCAGAAAUGAGAUGCUGUAUCUCAAGACGCAAUCCUUAAAUAAAUUUAAAUAACAAUUUACAAUAAUAUAUUUUAUAUUCAGAUUUAUGUUUGUAAGACUCCGAACGAAUAAAAGUAAUUAAUUAUCUCUGUUUACUUAUCAUAUACCGAGUGUGCUACUAAAUAUUUUGAUCGGGCUCUUAGUAUCCGUUCCCUAAUUUCCACAGACGCUCCCUAUUUUCUCUCAUGUAAUUCAUGCAUGUGAGGAAAAAAAUUUUACACCACAGCAAAGUGUGUUGGCCUUAUUUUGUUGGACAGUUAAUAAAAAAAACUCAAUGAGUCAUUGUAGCUGUUAGAUUUCACAUUACAUAUUUUAUACACACAUUAUAGAAGUGUUGCGUUAAGUGUUGAGUGUGAAAGCAGACUAACAGUGUAAGACUGGCAUUUGUUUUGGUAAUCAUGUGUCUUCCCCUCAUAAAUCUGUAGCUCAGGACCUGUUUCACUAACAACUUUCCCUCAGCCAGACAGUAGAUUUUUCACAGCGUAAACUAAACACAAAAACACAAAUAGACAUACACAUACACUAUAUUGUCUUGUACACAACCCCAGAGCUGAACAGACUGCAGAAGAUACACAACACUCUGAUGCAGUGUAUCUGACGCCCUCGUUUCUGUCAUUUUCUCUUUAUUUUACCCUCGUCCCAUUCCACUGUACAUUUCAUACUUGCUCUGGAGUCAGCUAACAACGUUCACACGGGCAUGCUUCCCUGCUCCAGUCUCUUUCCACAGACCUAAUCAUCUUAUGGCUCACAAUGACAUUAGUAUUUACUGUAGGGCCAUGUUUCUGAACAAUACACAUGACACACACAUUGAUGGCAUGCCUGAAGCUGGAGCUAAGCCUCUCUCAGGGUUUACAAAGCACAAGUAUGUACAUUGAUUUUGCUUUUUAGAUGUUGUAAUUUCAAGAUCAGAUUUUAAAAACUGUUUUGAGGCAUUUCACUUCAGCAUCAAGUUGUAAAAAUCUGUCUUAAUAUUUAUUAAUGUUUGCGGUGAAUUGUGUAAAGUGGAUUGUUAUCGGUAUUUACGUAUCAGGUUUGUAUGUCAAACUGCAGUAUGUUAAUAAUUCAAUAGUUUUGAGUCUUAGCCACAGUGCAGCAGCCCUGGUUACCAGAAAACAGAGUUGCCCCAGUAACUACUAACAGGCGUAAUCCCGCACAGUUCUGUAAGAUACACACAUCAUAGUUAUAACUACACAAACAUAUUUGAGCUAAUUAGUAAAUUUUCAUUUUAUAUGACACAGUGUGGCUUUGCAGUUUUCCCUGUACCUGCUUUUCUUAUGUACAGUGUGUACAAUCCAAUCAGAAUUUUUAUCAUCUGCUGCCUACCGAUAAAUCUGCAGUGGCCAUUAAGUAAAUCUUCCUCUGUGAUUUUCAAGAGGAGAAGGCGGCUUGCUGCAUGAUGAGCUAAGCUUUGAUUAUGAAAUUGAGUAAACAAAAACACAUUAACAGUUGUCCAUAAAGAGCUGAGGAUCAGAUUGUUGGGGGGUCAGACAAUGAUUGUGAAAGGGUCGUCUGUGCAGGGGGCUCCUGUGCCACUGUGUGAUUGGUUACUGUGUUAGGCUGGUUACAGCUUUCUGUAUUCAUUACCUUUAGUAGUUUCCAUAGCAUCAUGUUAGCAUCAGGACUCAGCUUGGAUGCUUCCAUAAUGCUGAGAGCUGUACGCUUAAAACUAACAUGUUCUCAUUUAUACUUCGAUCAAGUUACACACCUUUGAAACAGAUCUGAAUAUCUCCUUUCAGCAUCUUUUCAUUUCCCAACACUCAUUAAUUUAACUGAAGUUUUGCUCAAAAGUGGAAGUUCGCUGUGCUUCCCUCCACUAUAACAAUUAACCUAGAUGCUCACAGAAGUGCUCAGCUGUAAUAUUAUGUGUCAGCAGCUUUAAUUCAAACUCUUUUAUGCCACUCACCAAGCAGCCGGGCAGCAGAGCAGCUCCUCCAUCCACGCAUGUCUCCAGCGAGGGCACCCUGGCGUUGACAGGAGUGUGUCCACGGGUGCUGCAGGGUUCUCCCAUCAUGUGGGUCACUUCACACUGGCAAACUGUUGACCACAAGGCUCUCACCCUCUCUCCCUCUCUCUCUCUCUGUGGCCGUUGCUCUCUCUGCUUCAUUCAGGAGGAACGACAAGUCAAGGCAUGUUCCAACACGCCACCAGCAGUCAGGCUGGGUGCAUGAGCCUGCUCCUAGAUCAGAGGGGGAGGAGCACAGGAUCAGAGAGGGGGGAAACCCAGAAAAAAAGCCCAGCAUGACUCAGCCUGCUUUAGUCGGUUAGCAUACACUGCAGUCACUUUGAACACUUAAACACAUAAAGGAGAAACUGUUCAAAGAUACAUGACAAUUAAUUCUCUGAGUGGCAUUUGCUAAGUAGAUUUUUGUGCCGUAGCACUGUUAAUAAGAAGACAUGACAAAGGAAUGCAGAAGGGUUUGAAAAAGAGCAUUUUUAAGUUGGACCGAGCUGUCAGAUCAACUUUAUUCCGUCAUAGAUCUUAAAAUAUUUGCCUGCAGGCUGUGACCAACGGAUGCCCACAAUGUUGUCUGUCUUUUUCAGCUUAUGCUGAAGACUCAGUCCUCACAGGUUGAAGCUGUAGACGCUGUAAACGAAAUUUAACCACAGCAUCGCCAUCCAUUCAUUUUUUUUUAUUAAAGCUAGUUGUCCUGUGUCUUGUUUAACACAUCAUAGUGCAUAGUUCACAAAAGCUGCAACUCUGCAGCUGCUCAGCAUGCUAAUGAAAGCUGCUGAUUCAUCAAAUCGCCUCACUUGGUAGCCCACAGUAGGUCACAUCAAUUACAGAUGAAGCCCAUCAUGCAUGCUCAGAGAAAAUAUGUGAAAUAUUCAUAUUUCCCUAGAUCUCGGGUGUUAAAUAAUAUGAAAUCUGAAUUUGAAAGCAGGUUAUUAAUGCAGCAGGGAAAUAAUUUUCUUCCUGUCGGAUCACAGGGAUAAAUUAAGAAAUGUACAUUUCACUCCAUUUAGCUCCUGACACAUAAAACUGAAGCAAAUGUGCAGAAUCAUCACCAUCCAUAUGUGCUAAUUAUGCAGAGCUGCUCUGAUGCUUCCUUUUUUUUUUACUAGAGGAGGGGUGAUGCCAGUUCAUCACUGCUGUAGUGGAAGUUGAUCACUAGGCAGAUUCUGGGUGCAGCAGCAGGAACCAGCUCAGCAAAACUCACCUGCUACAAUAUGGUCUGAGUCUAGCUGCCUGAGCAUCUCUGAAGCACUGUGCUGUUUAUCACUGGUGCUUCUCUCCACUGCAGCCUGUCAACAGACUGAUGACCUUAUCAAUGAAAGAGCAAAGUCACUAUGAUGUUACACCCAGAAAGAACUCAAAGCACUUUUAGCUCCGCUUUGAGGUUCCUCUAUUCCCCGCUGAUUGCAACGAGAAAAGUGGUGCAACUUUGUAAAAGAGCAGAAGAGGUGGAUUAGUGUGCAGAUAGUCCCUUUAAUUUAUUAGAAGCAGUGAUGCGGCACUGCACUGCACAGCACAGCACCGCGUUGACUUAGCGCCAGCAGUAGUUUCACCAAUUGAGUUGGUUCUUAAUUUAUGGACACAUGAACUGUGUGUUUGCACAAGAGUGAGAUAUGUAUCGUUGCUGAGUCGGCCCGUUUAUGGGGAAUCAUGUUCUGCACUUUUAGAGCAAAUCAUCCCAUAAAAGUGUAAUUUAUCCCUCUUCUUACCUGGGACACACACUGCAGCGGAGGCCUCACUCUUGCAUCUGGGAAGUCAGGGGGGAGUCGGGGAGUCGGGGAGAGAAGGAACCCCUAGCCCAGCAAGUUCAAAGCUUGCUGCAUUGAUUACAUCAUCGGAACUGGAGUGCUGGAAUGGGACAAUGCACCAUUGGGGGGGUGGGGGUUGGGGGGUGCAGGCUAAUCUAACCAUUGCUUCCCUGUGAGCUCCAUGAGCAAAGUGUGUGUCUUCUAUAUAUAUAUAUAUAUGUGUGUGUGUGUGUGUGUGUCUGUGUGUACGUCUUUGCCUUUCUACUGUCUCUGAACUCGGCUGGUCCGGUCCAGAGUCAGAUGGCCUGCUCUCCCUCAUAUUCACCACCACUGUGUCACGUGACUGAGGGACCGUCUGUGUCUGGAAGAGACCGAUGUGCAUCCCUGUGUGCCUGUGUGAUUGUGUGCACGUGUGUGUGUGUGCGCUAUUAGAGGCCGGCACUGCAGGAACUCAGCUGCUGCAGGACACUGCAGGAUUGCUGUUCUGCUGCUGGCUCACUGGCUCACUGGCUCCUGCUUUUUUUCCUCCCUUUUGCUCUCUCUCCUCUCUCUAUUCACUCAGGCAAAUUGCUCAAGGAGGAUGGUGAGAGCAUGUGCUGCAUACUUUUUCAGCAGGGGAGGGGGGGAGGAGGUGAGGGGAGGAGGAAAGAGGAGGAGGAGGAUGAGGGGGGGGGGAGCAGAAUCACAGAGGUGCACAGCAUGCUGGUGAGGUGCUGUGCUGGGCAACUGUACCUCUGAGAGGGACUACAGUAGAGAAAUUGGAGAUGAGGAAGGAGGAGGAGGGAAGAUGAAGAGAGAGGAGGGGAGGUGGGGGGAGGGCAGAAGUGAGGUGCAAGGAACAUCAGGUGAGUGCGGCAAUUUCCUUUGCUGGCGGUGCAGCACCCACCCUCAGUGAAAGUGCGAGCAGGAGAACUGCAGAUGUUCCAAGAUGAUGUCAGGCUCCGGAUGUGGCACGGGCCUCAUGUACAGUUCUAUAUCACUUCGAUUCCCUGCGCUCACCCGCACUCGCUCGCCUGCAGCGGGGAGAAACCCAAAGGCAAGAGAGAGCUUGGGACUUCUCCCUCACAAAGAGCCAGCUGGCGACGCAGGGCCGGCUUUUUUUCAAGGUCUUAGCACAGUUACCUGAGGUGAACUCAGAGCUGACCGAGCCUGUGUGCAGGCAAACUGACCCGACUAGAUCCAUCAUCAAACCUCCCAGACAGUGUUCAAAACACAUUCCCUAUACUGACUCACUUUUGUAUGAAGCUUUUUCGCCCACAAACUAUUUUUACAUGGCCUUUGAAAAGGCUUGAAGUUGAGCAGAGACAGCGCUAUAUGACAUAAAAGACAAAAGUAGCUUCAUCGACUUCUAGAGCAAGAGAGUUGCUGAGAAACUGCUGCUGCACGGAUAUUAAAUGCGAGUGGUUCUUCUCCCACAGACUUUUCCAUUUCUGUUUUUAUCCAGUAAAACACAAAAAAAAACAUCACAUCUUAAAACAUUCAAAAACACCCCAGCACUUUUUCUAAAACUGUUUUUCCUUAUCUCUCCAAAAAGAAGCUGAAAAAGCUUCACCCUGACCUGACAUCUACUUUUAGGACGGUUGAGAAGUCUCAGCAGCUACAGCACAACUUCAUGACUGCAGCACAGCUCCCCUGUCCCAUGCAGGCCACUGUAGCCUCAUUCUCAUUUCCGCAUUCAGACACUGACAGCCAAGCGCCACUGAUACAGUAGAUCCUUCUUAGCAGUUUACAGCAUCAUAUUCACAACUAACACAUGCUUCUAAAUAUAAACACUGAACAGCCAGAGAAAAGUAGCGAGCUGGGACUAGGUGUACUCUCCUCUGAGCUAAAUCGGCAGUGAUUCAAGUCUCUUCUGGAGGAGGAACUCUUUGCGUCCUGGUUAGUUUUUUUUGUUUGUUUGCUUUUUGUCCUUGUGUCUAACGGCAAGCUCUCUCAACCAGCCGCUAUCUGACACGCCGGCUGCUAUUUCCAGCCUGUACCAUGUGUUAAACAUGGAUGAGGGAGCAGAGGAGCCUGUCUGCUAACUGGCUGGCUGCUGCCUGGUUAUUACUGGUGCAGAGGAGGCUGACACUGAUGAGACAGAGGCAGCCAGGAGCUUCAACACUGCAGGCAUGCACACCGACACACAUAUAUCAACUCCUGUUUAGCUGGUUGAAGAAGUAACAUCCCAUGCAAAGAGAUAAACACACAGAGUGACAGCAUACAAGGUGAAUAAUGUCAGAGGAGAAAUAAACGUAUACCUACGGAUGAGUCUCAGGCCGCAUCACACACGGGGCGGAGAGGAGGAAAACUUCUCUGCACUCACUCUCAGCCUCAUGGUCGCUGGUGAUGUGCUUUCAUGGCGCGGCAAAGUUGACUGCAGCAUUGCCUCCUGAACAGAAUGACAUUGUUUGCACUCUCUCUCUCCCUCUCUCUCUCUCCCUCACUCCUCCUCCUCUUCCUCCUCCUCCUGUACGCUCGCUCCCCCUCCUCUCCUUUGCACGCUUGCUGGCAGCACAAACUGCACAGCUCAGCAGUGUUCCCCCACUGCCGCAGCAGAUCCUGCAUGAGCUCUGCGUAUCUGAGUGGGAUGGGACUUUUAAAGGGGAACGCAACCUCCAGGGUCAGUGUGUGUGCACAUCCUCAGUCUGCCCUCCUCUCCUUCCUGUCCUCCUCUGCACCCACCUCAACCCCCCCAACACACACAAAACACCCCCGAGGAUCAUCGGUGUAAAGGACUCCUCAUAAGAGAGACCCCCUCCAUGCACACAGCUCUCCGUCCCCCUUUUAUUCAUUUUCACACUACAGCAAAAGCUGCUUUGAGAUAUGAGUGUGCUCAAACCUCAGUAAGGAACAGCUCGCUCCUCAGAGAGUCCAUCUCCUCUGAUGUGCUUUAAAACUUAUCAAAUUACCUCUGAAAUGUUGUUUUCUUUGAAAUUACCUGAAGGAAUCUCAUGAGAAAAGAGUUUUGUUUAAGAGAUGAUUUUUACGUUUUUGUCAAACAUGUCAAUAAAAAGUUUAAAAAUGUGACGCCCUCUCGAUUUGAAUGAAAGACUAUUUUGAACACUUUUUUUUAUUAAAUGGCAGGUUAUUAAACUUUGAACAAUAUUGAAGAAUGAAAUGAAAACAAAUAAAACGAGGUAAACGGCAUUAUUGAACAUUUGAACAAACGAGAAAUAUUCCUGCGAUCAGUAAGCGGCUGACUCGAUUUAAAAGCUGCUAUCUCAGUGCCCACUCAAAGUUUCUCCAUUCUCACAGGUAAAAAUCUCCUUCAGUUAGGGAAAUGUCCUUCAUCUGCAAUCCUUGUUACCUGCCUGUUUUUACCCAAGAUGCAUUGCUUUACUGGUGCUAUUCUGCAGUGCGCUAGGAAACAUCUUGACUAACCAAAUUUUUCUUUUGCGCGUUGCACAACUCCGCAAGAAUGAGAUCAUCAAUCAUUUAGUCAGCCAAUGAGGUUGAACUUCCCCUUCUGCAAGGUCUUUGAUUCACUGGAUGGUUCAGUGCAUGGGUUUUGCAUUGAUAAUGGUGGCUCCAUUAUUAAUUCUGCUCAGUUUGGCUGAUCUCUGCAGCAGCGCAGCGCUCUCCUCCUGCAUCUCACUGCAGGAGUGCGGCUUUUUUCUUUUUUUCUUUGCAUGACUCUUAGUGCAUGAGCCCUUAGUUGAACUCUGGGAUCUGUCUUCUUCUUCUGGUAAAAAUCUAUUGGAUGAAUAGAUGAAGUAUUGACCCUAAACUCAUGUAGCUACAGUCUACUCUACCUGUUUUAGGCACAUUAGAGUUCAUGAAUUGAUUAUCUUGUAGCUCUGCUGAUCAGAUGCACCACAGCUGUAAGAAAUUGCUGAAUCAGUUGAAAUCCCAUUAUUGAGCAUCUCUGAGUGUUGGGGACACAUAAGGCCGUCGACAUAAAUCAGUGUCCGUUUGAGUCAUAGAUGGGCACCUUAGCAUCUUUCCCUGCAUGUGCAAUCUGCAAUCUGCAUGCAGUGCUACUGCUGCAUCAGACUGCUGAGCCUCACUGCAGCCGUCCUCUCCUCUGUACUCUGUGACACCAGGGGAAUAUGCCCCCGCCAGCAUAUCCCUCACAUAGCCCACGCCGUUCUCCGUAAUGGCAUCCCCUGUGAUGAAUAAGCCAUGAGGAGGGGCCCUUUUACACGUCCUAUUAGAUUACCUCCCUGUGCUUUACCUGGCUACUGUCACCUCAUUGCCUCUAGCUCCCCACUCUUCUUAAUAUUCCCUCUUGUUAUCCCAGCCAAGGGCACAAUGUGUAAAUGUGUGUUAAGGCUCAUAGAUCAUGUGAGUGUGGAAAUUCAUUGUUGGAUCUUCAGUGCGGUUCAUUGAAUUCGCAACUACAUGCCUCUCGCUUAUGUUUAUGAUUCGCAUAAGGUCCCUGAAAACUGCCUGGCUGUUAGCGUGUUAGCAGUCGACGGGAAAUGUUGACCAAAAAAGGUGAUUGGCUUUUGUGCGUGUUAUCAAAGAAAAUCGACACGUGUUAUCAGGCACAAGCUGUGUCAAAAUUUACUGUUCAUCGGAGGGUAAAAAGGUUUCUGUCAGGUAUGGACAUUCUUGACACACGCAGAUAAUGGAGUGGAGUCCAAACAUCAGCUGGUGGGUUUGUGUGUGCCUUUUUUCCUCUUGCCAUUCACAGCCCAUUCCUCGGCUCCAUUGAUCUGUCCGGAAAAGAUAAUAGACACAUUGAUUUACAAGCUCAGCAGCUUGCCUGGUUUACACAUCACUUCAGACUAAUUCUCAACAGUCCUCAGUCAAGGAAGAGAAUCGCUUGGAUUGACGAAUGACUCCUGGGUCUCCGAAAGUGUGUGCACAGCAUUGCAGAAUUUAUUUUUGCAAAUCUGAUGAAGUUAAAAACGAGGGCUUGGUGAGAAUAAGAGUCUAAAAGUGUAGAAAUCUGUCAUUCUGAAUUAAAAGUCUUUUAUAUGAGUUAAAUAUCUUGUACAAGUGUGUAUGUAUUUCAUGUUUAAUGUUAAUGUUUGUACAAAGAGAGCUAAGUUUACUGGAGUUAAGUUCCUUGUAAGUGCUCACAUACUCAGCCAAUAAAGCUGAUUCUGAUUCUGAAAAAUAAGAGUCAGGGAGGAGGUAAAAGAGGAUAGCCAGUGAUAAAUUCACUUCACAAAAUUCUCUCUCUCUGCUCGAUAAAGUCAGUCUGGCACCGAGAGAGUUUGAAUGAUGGGAACUGCUCCUGUAGAAAGGGGGUGAGAGGUGUGUUUCACUGCACCAGAGCUUCUUUGUUGACCUCAUUUUCGUAAAGCUGAGCAGAUUCUUUCUCUCAAGAAAAAAGAUACACUAAAGAGGUGAAAUCUGUUUGAACAGACACGACUGUAAGCACACAGCAGUACAAACGUUUGGAGAUAAAUCAGUGUUUAUUUCACUCUUUUCCAUUUUAUCUUACAACUACUUAAGACAUUGCUCUGCAUUUAAUUAAAGAUCCUGCUUAGAGAGGCAGAUCUGCGAGGUCUCUUCUCCUCAGUAUGAAAGAGAGAGUCAUAAAAAUGUGGAUUGACAUCCUGGUGAAUGGGUGUAUUCUGACAGCUGGCUGCUCUGUUGUGGUGAAUGAGCAGUGUCUCUGUCAGAGUCAGCAGCAGACGGUUUUUUCUCUACAACUGAGCGCAACACACACACCGGCCUUAACCGAGGGAGACUGCAGCUCGGAAAAUCCUCGAUUCAGCUUUCAUAGAUUUCACAGAAAAUGAAUUUCAAGCAUUUCUUUGUAGUAUUUAAGAGUGAGCAGUCAAAAGUAAAGUCAUUAAUAGAGUUUUCAUCUCUAUUCCUCUUAUGCAUUUAAAGGCUGCCGUUUACUGUAGACGCUGUUGGGCUGAUAAAGCAAAUAUAUCUCUGUACAGACAGAGAAGACUUUGAACUUUGUCUUCAUUUUAUCUAUGGCUAGAAUAUUUAGAUGCCCAUUAAGCUGUAAACCAGCUGAAGAACAAGCAUAAGUGUGCACGAUUCACAGUAAAAUUGCACUUUCUUCACUCACUUUAAAGGUAGGGGUUGUUUGCACUGAAAAGCUGAAAUGAUCAUCCUAAAAACCCUCCAGGACCUCACUUUGCUGAGAAAUAUCCUUCAAAAGGAGCUGCCACAAUCCAUCACUGUAAUGCUGCUUAGCUUUUUGAGGAACCAUUUAUUUGUGUUAUAAAAUGUAGGAAAUAACUUUGCCUCUGCAGCUUUACUCUUCUGAAUAUAGUUUCCAAUGCUGUUUGCAUGUCAUUCCCAUCUAAAGAGAUGAGGAAUAGCUUGUUAUUUUGGUCUUUUUCUGUUGCAUUAUUACCUGCGCUCCAGGUUCUUGGAGGAUUGUUGCAUAUCCUCAACAACAACAACUCGUGUCACCUGGAGAUGUGUGUUGACUCCUGGCCUACAUUCUCCGCUGCCAUCUGUUACCGUCAAAAACAGGUGAGGCACGCGGGACAAUGAUAACUGAUGGGCUCUUCCAGCAUGGCCUUAUGAUGUCUGUAUCAUCUGCCUGUGAAGCGUUUCAGCACCAGCAGCAGCAGCAGCAGCUCUGAGGUGAUGCCUGAUAUCUGCACUGUCUUCACCAAGAGCCCAACAGCUCUGAAAAGUCUGCUGCUUAAUGAGAGAGUGGUACACUGGAGGAAUGGACUCAUAUUCAGAGAUAGUGUGGAAGAAAAACAAUAAAACUCUCUUUUAUUGAGUAUACAGUGUGUUUGGAGGUUAAAUGUAGGGUGGCCAGUUUAAUCUGGACUCAUGUUGAAAGUCUCAAAUGCUGACAGCUGUAAAAAAAAAAAAAGACAAUCUUAGGAAACCAUCAAAUCAUUUCAAGGAUGGCAUUGGAAGGUAAUUGAUAGAAACAAAAGAUUGUGAGGCACACAGUUUAACUUUUGGUGCAAUAGUUUUGAUUACUCCACAUAUCGACACAGUAUUCGUAUUUCAUGGGAAUGCAUUUUACAAUUUUCAUUACAGUCCCUCUUUCCCUGGUGAGAUAGAGACAGAAUUUGAAUUAUUUUUUAGUUCGGUCAUUGUCGACAUACACAUCUUUGACAUUGCUAAGAGAAAAAUGCAGCUGAAUUUCAUUGUGAUUCUUUUGAACAGAAAUAAACACAAGAUAAGUUUCACCUAAUAUCGAACUAAAGACUAAUAAAUAAGCAUAUACAUAGAUGCUAAAAAAUCAUCAGUGAACAUAAACAUCAUUGCUUAUUUCAUCUGCUUUGGCUCAGACUCAUAAAACUGGACGGGUAAGUUAUUCAAAAUCACACCUGGCUAAAAGUAACAGCUAAUCCAUAAAUAGAGCUGCUUAAAUCAGUUACAAUCAACCCUUGCACAAUGCACAUUUAAGCCCAAUGUUUAUUGAGAGGUGAAAACCAAAAAGAAAGGAAGCAUUGACGAGAGGCUUUUUCUCAGUUUACCACCAUCAGUAGCAGUCAGACCUCAAGGAUUCAAGGAAUCUUUAUUGUCCCCGUGGGGCAAGUCGCUUUACAGCCAGCAGUGCCACACACAGACAUAAGACAACUAGCACAACAAUAAAUAAAUUAAAAAACGAUAAAACAGAGAGACUAAAAAAAAUCACUUGUUUAAAAGACCUAUGGCGGCAGGAAUAAGAGAGUUCCUCAGUCUGUUUGUCCUCAGCCUUACUGCUACCAGUUAGGGCUGGGCGAUAUGGCCUAAAAUCAAUAUCACGAUAUAUUGAGCAGUUCAGCUCAAUAACGAUAAAUGGACAGUAACUACUCCACAAGCUGCUCACCCCCUCCCACAUUAACUUUGCCUACUUCAGCCUGGAUGGGGUGGAGGACAGAGUCUUAAAGGGACAUGAGACCACUGCCUACCUACACACAUCCAAAACCAACUUGUAUUCCUUUUUUUGACACCAAAUACAUUGACAUGGGCAAAAUGACGGUUAUUUUGGUAAAUUUCUGUAUCUGUAAAUUUUCAGUUUAUCGCCCAGCCCUACUACCAGUGAUCACAUUAUUCUUUAAAAUGGGUCACAAAAAUUGACUUCUAACAGUCUUAAUUAAGGUAAGGCUCAAAUCUAAUUUUCUGAAAAAGCCAGGCACAAAACUUGAUUGCAAACAAUCACAUUUGUGUAUUUGUAGGGAUCUAUACACAGCUGCAUACUGUAUUAAUACACAUCCCCUUGUGAUGGCAACUUUGCAUCUGUAGAUCAGAUUGUAAGAAGUCCAAGAGAGGAUUUAGGUACACCAGGCUUAACACACACAGAACUGUCUGUCUGGAUGGGCUCUUUUGGGGUGUGAGUUCAAUAAACAAGAAACGGGAGAUCACAAGACUUACUCCUUAAACUUCUGUAUGGAAACAAAAAGAAAUAUAUCUGAGACCCAAAGUGAAUGAAUGUUAAACUCCAGGUGAAUGCAAAAAAACCCACAAAUAAUCAAACAUGGACUAGUUUCAAACUAACAGAAGUUAUAGUUGUUUGUUUAGUUACCUUAUGAAUACAUUUUCUAUGUGGGCGCCUUUCACAACACUCAAGGUCACCUUACAAGGCAUAAUAAGAAAAAGCAGCUGUGUAAACCAAAUUGAACAUCUAUGAAUAUAAACUUAAUCAGAAACAGCAAAGGGAAACACGAAUCUGCAGAAUAAAAAGAAGACAAACGUGACUUGAACCAUAACUAGCACUUUGUUUUCUCUAUUUAUUUAAGGUAUACCAAGCGCACACUGUCGUCUUAUUAAAGACCUGGCCUCUCUGAAAGGGUUGGAUAUCUCUGAAUAUGGGGGUUACAGUACCUUUAUCCACCACAGCCCAGAGGGGGUGGACCAGCUGGGGUGAGUUUCUUACAUAUUAUCAGUUUAUGGCAACUCAGUUAUGUUUCACAAAGGCUGAUUUAUGUUAUAAAUAUUAAAUAUCAUAUUGGUUCAUUCAUACUUCUCAGUAUUAUUAAAUUUCAUUAGGAUGGUGUUGCCUCUGCCAGUUUCCAUACUUGAUCAGUCCCAUGCUGGACUGGUGGACAAACACUUGCCUUAUGGAGGCAGCCGAGAGAGCCUGAGCCACGUGAGAGCCUGUAUCCACCAUCUGCCAAACCACUGUGUGAAGGAUGCGAAAGGCCGGCCUGUGUCCUGGAUGCUCUCUGAUGAGCUGUGUGAACUAAGGAUGGCCUAUACCCUCCCAGAGUACAGACGGGCUGGACACCUCCUGGCUCUGUCUGUGGCUCAGAUCCGCAGCAUGAGCUCUGCGGGCCUGCCUGUCUACUGCCACGUCAACCAGCGGAACCAGGCUACGAUUAACGCUGUGACCUCACUCGGCUUUUCCGCUUGUCCUGGUAUGGAGAAUAUCUCAGUUCUGCUAAUAUGCAGGGACAGAGUCUGUUGAGCCGAACUAAUGACAGUCUAUUUUUCAUUGAGUGACUGACAGUACACUGAAGAAAAUUAUGUUUUAUGGUAAAAGAGGAAUAUGUAACACUCAGUUUCCUCGUUCUAUGAUUCCUGUUUCACUACGGAGUUCAGGGGAUGCUGUGAUUUAGACAGCUCUGAUAACAUACAGCAAGUAGAACAAACUCAAAAUAACGCUUCAGUGGCCUAAGGGUGGCUUCUAUGGAUAUGCUAGACAUGCUGCUCUUUUUUUACUCAUCUAAAAAAGGUACAGAAAUCUCCCUCAGUAUAGAAUAGUUGUAUAGGAGCAAUAUAAGCCAGUUCUUAGUUUAAGCCAGCGGAGUGUUCUGUGCUGCUUUUCCAGAGAAAAAGACUCCUUAAUCUGCAGAUCACCAAAGGAGGCUCUCCUCCACCUGGGACCCCUCCCCAGAGGUGUGCUGUUCCUCUGCUGAUUGCCUCUCUGUAUUUUAGCAGCAAUGCACCAUUCAAGUCUGCAGGCAAACUUGACAAAUGAGCAGGGAUCUGAGCAGAGGGGAUACUCGUACUGCACCACACAUCCUGUCCCAUUCACAUCCCCCUGUCCCGCAGUGGUGCACCUCUCUCCACUGAUGCCCUUUCUUUUUCUCUAAACCGGCAAGAGCUCCUUUCAAAGUCACACAAGUACAGAAAGCUUAAAAUACACAUUUACUGAUGCAUCUGCACGUAAACCCGACUAAAAGAAUAAAUCUGUUAACACGUGCUCAUAUCUAUUGAUGCGUCUUUGUAAAACUAAAUUACAAAUUCAAAUUUAGGAUGCAGGAUGCACCAAUAAUAAUUACAAAUCCUAUUAGCACGGAAAUAUCCAGGAAGCAUUUCAUUUCUAAUUUUGGAACACAUUUAAAUGAUCAUAAAUGCACGUUUGUUCAUGUGUGAGUGGGACUAGAACCACUUUUGAUGAUCACAUUUGCAGCUUCUGUGAUAAAAGACUGUUAAAGCCACAUUGAAAGAUAGAAAACUGAUUUGCUGAUUUGUCAGUUUUAAUAUUAUUGUUAAUUUAAUCUCAUUUGAUUUCAUAUUAUUCGUAAGGAAAAAUGACAUGAUAAUUGUAAGCUUUGGCUGUAUGAACAGAAUUUUUAUAAUUUAUGGCAGUUUGAGACACAAGAAAAUCGAGGAUAACAGAAACAGACCAUCUUUGCUAAAAAGUUUAAUAUAAGAAAACAUGGCCACUCAUUGUAAAAUUGCAUGUAAAGCUUAAAUCAAAAUUUAAAUGACUCUGUCUUUGUUUUUUAGUGAGGUAAAAGUUGAUCAGACUCCACAGAGGUCAGCAGAGGCAUUAGAGAGGACCUUACUAUCCUUACACACUUCUUAAAUAACUGGUAAAGAGGAUUUUGUCCUCCAUUCAAAGCUGUCUGCUCCACAAAGCUAGACUGUGCGGUUCUUGUAUUGCAUCCAGCCAUCCACUGAAACAUGAGAUGUCUCCUCACCUACACCAUGAAUCUAUUUAAGUGCUCACCCUUCAAUACAGUCAGAGAGAAGAACAAUUAUAACGAAAAGCAGCAGGAGGGUUUUCAUCGGCCGUAGAUCUUUAAUCAUCUAAGGGAGGACUUGAGAGUCGGCUAAAGAGCAGAAAAACUCAGAACAUGAAGUACCUGACAGCUGAGCUACUUCUGUGGCUUCAUCACUAUGUUGCCUGCAACUGCAACCACCACUUGAGGACAGCAUCCACCCACUGGUCCUCUUCAGAAACUGCAUCCCAGAAUGAGCGAGGAGCUGAGUGUCUGACGCAGCAUGCGAUCAUUCACCUUGGCUGCGUGUGCUGCUCGGACUUGCCUCGGUGCAGCUGUCCACACAUUCCCUCACUACCCACACCCCACUCACCCCCACCUCUUGCCCCCACCCUAUAG